GCCUUCUAUAAGAUCAAUAUCAUAUGCCUUCUGCCUAUCCGUGAAGUGACACUCAGCUCCAACUACAAUAAAUUGCCAGCCAACAAGCUUCCAGUGUUUUGACAGGCAUUUUCAGCCGCAUCUCCAGUGCUCCACACAAGUUCCGAGCGGCCAAAGCAAGCUUGUAGUUCAGCCCUGCUCUUUACUCACGAAUACAUCACAGCUUUCCUACAAGUUCGCUCAACAAUAAAAGGUACUCGUACCCUCACCUACACUACUAUCGAGCCUGACUUUCCCUAAUCCUGCCCAACGUCACGACCACAAGGCACUUCUCCACCACAACCACAUAAUCAAUCAUGGCCAGCGCUUCCGAACCUGCCAGCGAUGGCAAGGGUCGCCUCCUUCUCGUCUCCAACCGUCUGCCUAUUACCAUCAAGCGCUCCGAUGACGCUACUUACGACUUCUCCAUGUCCUCCGGCGGUCUCGUCAGUGGCCUUUCAGGACUUGCAAAGACUACCAAGUUCCAAUGGUACGGUUGGCCUGGUAUCCAGGUCCCUCAAAACGAGAUCGGUCUCGUCAAGGACAGACUGUGGAAAGAGUACGGCGCGGUACCAAUCUUCAUGGAUGAUGAGUUGGCCGACAGACAUUACAACGGCUUCUCAAACUCUAUCCUUUGGCCCCUCUUCCAUUACCACCCCGGUGAGAUCACCUUCGACGAGUCCGCAUGGGACGCCUACCGCGAGGCCAACCGCCUGUUCGCAAAGGAGAUCGCCAAGGACGUUCAAGAUAACGAUCUGAUCUGGGUCCACGACUACCAUCUCAUGCUUCUGCCUGCCAUGCUUCGCGAAGAGAUUGGCGACUCGAAGCGCAACGUCAAGUUUGGCUUCUUCCUCCACACCCCCUUCCCCAGUAGCGAGAUCUACAGAAUCUUGCCCGUCCGUAACGAGAUCCUGAACGGCGUCCUACACUGCGACUUGAUCGGAUUCCACACCUAUGAUUAUGCUAGGCACUUCCUCAGCAGUUGUUCAAGAAUCCUUCAACUUCCGACAACGCCCAACACAGUUGAGUUCCAGGGCAAGGUUGUCACUGUUGGUGCUUUCCCUAUCGGUAUCGAUCCCGAGAAGUUCGAGGAGGGCCUCAAGAAGCCCAAGGUUGCGGAACGCAUUCAGACGCUCGAGAAGAAGUUCCAAGGCGUCAAGCUGAUCGUUGGUGUCGAUCGUUUGGACUACAUCAAGGGUGUUCCUCAGAAGCUGCAUGCUCUUGAGGUCUUCCUGACAGAACACCCCGAGUGGAUUGGCAAAGUCGUCCUGGUGCAAGUCGCUGUUCCUUCACGACAGGAUGUCGAAGAGUACCAGAACCUCCGUGCUGUUGUGAACGAGUUGGUCGGCAGAAUCAACGGCAAAUUUGGCACCAUCGAAUUCAUGCCCAUCCACUUCAUGCACAAGUCUGUCUCUUUUGAUGAGUUGAUUGCACUCUACGCUGUCAGUGAUGUCUGUCUCGUUUCGUCGACCCGCGAUGGCAUGAACCUUGUGUCCUACGAGUACAUCGCAACGCAGCAGAAGCGUCAUGGAUCCAUGAUCUUGUCCGAAUUCACUGGCGCAGCUCAGAGUCUCAACGGCAGCAUCAUCGUCAACCCCUGGAACACGGAAGAAUUGGCCGAUGCCAUUCACGACGCUGUCACCAUGGGAGACGAGCAGAGAAGCAUCAACUACCAGAAGCUUGCCAAAUACGUCAACAAGUACACCAGUGCUUGGUGGGGUGAAUCAUUCGUCAAUGAACUUACCAGAAUUUCGGAGCAGGCCGAGAAGAAGAUCAAGGUCAAGCAGUCGCAGUUCGGAAAGGUUGUCGAAGAGACCACACACAACAACACCUCCGCUGAGGACGAAACCCCUGGCUCUGGUGUCAACUCGGGCGUCAACUCGGGUACUUCAACUCCGAAAAGACCUGACGCAAAGAGAGCUACGACAACAAUCUAGAGGGCAUGAAGGUUUUAGGAUGAAGUUGUCUUGACUUGACAACUAUGGCAUGGCUGGCGUACAAGGCGUAAUGAAAGACAGCGAGCGGCUGAAGGACAAUGGGUCUGUAAAUUUUGCUAGCUUUCCUACUCACAACACUCUAGAAGCAUGAAGAACGUAGACUGCUCUUUUUCAUUUCAA